AUGCAUUAUUUCUUGAUAUCUAUCAAGUCACGUCAUUCGUUCUUUUUUUCUUUUCUCCUUUCUUUCUUUUUUCUUUUCCUCCUUUAUUUAUUUAUUUAUUUAUUUAUUACUGUCGUUCAUUCUUUUUCGAAGAGCGAGCAUUAUCUUUUCUCUCCAUAUCUAUCUAUCUACCUAUCUAUCUAUCUAUCUAUCUAUCUAUCUAUCUAUCUAUCUAUCUAUCUAUCUCAAUCUGUUCAUAUCUAUCUAUCUAUCUAUCUAUCUAUCUAUCUAUCUAUCUAUCUAUCUGUGUUCAUAUCUAAGUCUGUUCACAUUUAUCUAUCUCUGUUCAUAUCCCACUCUUUCUCUCUCUAUCUCAAUUUCGUCAUAUCAUCUAUCUAUCUAUCUAUAUAUAUAUAUAUAUAUAUAUAUAUAUAUAUAUAUAUAUAUAUAUCAAUUUCUUCAUAUCUAUCUAUCUACGUAUAUAUCUAUCUAUCUAAAUUUCUUCAUAUCUAUCUAUAUAUCUAUCUAUCUAUCUAUCUAUCUAUAUAUAUAUAUAUAUAUAUAUAUAUAUAUAUAUAUAUAUAUAUAUAUAUUUCUUCAUCAUAUCUAUCUAUCUACGUAUAUAUCUAUCUAUCUAAAUUUCUUCAUAUCUAUCUAUAUAUCUAUCUAUCUAUCUAUCUAUCUAUCUAUCUAUCUAUCUAUCAAUCUAUCUAUCUAAUUGUGUUCAUAUCUAAGUCUGUUCACAUCUAUCUCUCUAUCUAUCUAUCUAUCUCAAUUUAUGCAUAUCUAUCUAUCUAUCUAUCUAUCUAUCUAUCUAAUUUCUUCAUAUCUAUCUAUCUCAAUUUCUUCAUAUCUAUCUAUCUAUCUAUCUAUCUCAAUUUAUGCAUAUCUAUCUAUCUAUCUCAAUUUCUUCAUAUCUAUCUAUCUAUCUAUCUAUCUAUCUAUCUAUCUAUCUAUCUAUCUAAUUUCUUCAUAUCUAUCUCAAUUUCUUCAUGUCUAUCUAUCUAUCUAAUUUCUUCAUAUCUAUCUAUCUAUCUCAAUGUCUUCAUAUCUAUCUAUCUAUCUAUCUCAAUUUCUUCAUAUCUAUCUAUAUCAAUCUUCUGUUCAUAUCUAUCUAUCUAUCUAUCUAUCUCAAUGUCUUCAUAUCUAUCUAUCUAUCUAUCAAUCUAUCUAUCUAAUUUCUUCAUAUCUAUCUAUCUAUCUAUCUAUCUCAAUGUCUUCAUAUCUAUCUAUCUAUCUCAAUUUCUUCAUAUCUAUCUAUCUCAAUCUGUUCAGAUCUAUCUAUCUCAAUUUCUUCAUAUCUAUCUAUGUAAUUCUUCUGUUCAUAUCUAUCCCAGUCUGUACAUCUCUCUCUCUCUCUCUCUCUCUCUCUCUCUCUCUCUCUAUCUAUCUAUCUAUCUAUCUAUCUGUCUGUCUAUCUAUCUAUCUUCAUUUAUUCAUUCCCUCUUUCUUUACACCCCUAUCAUCACGUUGGUCAGUCUUUAUUUAUUUCCUUCUUUUCCCAUGCCUUUAUUUCUUUCUUUCUUAAACAGCUAA